AUGACUGGCGCCAACCCGAACGGCUCAGAUGGCCGCGCCUCGGCUCGGUCUCCGUCGGCCAAGUCCAAGGCAUCGACCAAAACCAAGCGCGCUUCCAACAGCGGUUCCGUCCGCCCCUCUCGCAGCGCUCAGUUGCCCGAGUGUUCCGACGGCUCUGGCGCGCUGACUGCGGAUGAUGACGAUGACGUGCACAUGUCAGAGCUCGGCAGUGUGGACGGUGCCGACACUUCGAGGAGCAAGCCUGAGAGCGAAGCGCCCGUUGGCAUCGUCGAGGAGCCUAGAGACGACAAUGGCCUCGGCCAAGACGCAGAUCUCCACAUGGACGACGAUCAUUCACACGAUCUGGAGAACGAAGAUGACCACGACGAUGAUGACGAAGAUGAGCACGACGAUGAUGUCGAUCGGCCCUCGCGCGCGGCCGGCGGGUUUGGCGCCUUCGACGACGAUGACGAGGACGACGACGAUGACGAUGACGAUGGCGAUGACGACGACGACGACGGCGCUGCUGGUGGCGAAGGCGACCAUGGCAACCACGGCGGAGGAGCUUUUGGCUUCAACAUGCGUGCCAUGGCAGGCUACAUGUCGGGCCUCAGCACCAGAUUCCGCAGCCUCCUAACCUCUUUGCGAAACGAGACUGACGCUACAGCACAGAUGGUGGCCCUUCAAGAGCUCUCGGAGCUGCUCAGCGUUAGCACCGAAGACACGCUUGCCGGCUACUUCCCCACCGACUCUUUCGUCAAGGAGCUCGUCUACAUUCUCGGCGGUCCGAAGCCUGAGCGCAACGACAUCGGCGGCAAAUCAGCAAGCAUCCGCAGUGCCCAGGACGAUCUUGACGAUGAGAUGAAGGCCGUUCUCGCGGCCGCCGCGGCUGCUGAUAUGGAAGACAACGGCGAAAAGAUGCUGCUCGCCUGUCGUUGCCUGGCCAACCUCAUCGAAGCCAUGCCUUACGCCGCCCACAGCGUCGUCGCCAAUGGCGCGAUCCCCGUCCUCAACGCCAAGCUCAUGGAGAUCACCUUCAUCGAUCUGGCCGAGCAGGUCUUGCAGACGCUCGAGAAGAUCUCGCAGGACUAUCCCAGCUCCAUCGUCAAAGAGGGCGGUCUGUCUGCCAUCCUGCAGUACCUCGACUUUUUCAAUAUCCACAUCCAGCGUACCGCCAUGACUGCAGCCGCUAACUGCUGCCGCAAGCUCACGCCCGAGUCGCUCAGCAUGGUGCGCGAUGUGAUGCCCAUCAUUCAGAAUGUGCUCACCUACAGCGAUCAGCGUCUCGUAGAGUCUGCAUGCAAGUGCGUCGUCCGCAUCGUCGAAAGCUACCGGGCUCAUCCCGAUCUGCUGGAACAGCUCAUGACGGGAGAGCUGCUCGCCGCCCUUAACAACUUGCUCCUGCCGGCUUCGUCCUCGACCAGCUCCAACACCACGCUCGGCGCCAGCGUCUACACUGAUGUGCUCAAGGCGCUCGGAACCGCCUGCCGCAGCAGUCCUCGCUUGGCAGUCGUGCUGCUCGAGAACAACAUCGUGGAGACGCUCUACCACCUGCUCACCGGCUCUCCUGCCCCUACAGAAUCGGCGAACACAUGCGCACCUCAUGGCAUCCAGCUCGAGUCCGAACAAGCUUCUGGGCCCGACAGCGCUGCCGACACAGCUGCUGUCGCUGUGGUUCCGGAUGCAGGCACCGACGUUGCCGGCUCUUCUGUCGCCGUGGCAGACAUGGCCGUGCUUCAGAAUCUGGCGCAGCGUCCCAAAGAUCAGAUCCAAGAGGCUCUCUCAUUGGUGGGCGAGCUGCUGCCACCCUUGCCGCGGGACGGCGUCUUUGAUCCUCGGGACUACACCGAGAAGGCCUACCUCAAGCGACUUGCCGCCAAGAAGGCACCGUCUGCUCAUGGCGGCGGCGGCGCUGCACCCGUGAUCGCUGGGCCUACCUCUGCCUCCUCGGCAGAGGGCGAAGAGCCGGCCGCUGACGUCGCUGCGGCUCCCACUGCCACGGACUCGACUCGUCCCGUGACUUCGCGCACCAGCUCAACGCGCAGCAAGGCAUCUCGCGCCAAGUCGGAGAAGGAGCUAGCACGCGAGGCCGCGCAGGCCAAACGCGUCGAGAUGCUGCACGGCCGCACAUCGCUCGUCAAGCGCUUCGCCCACCUGGUGCUCCCCACGUUGGUCGAAGUGUACGCAGCCAGCGUCGCUCUCCACGUCCGUAACAAGGCGAUCAACGGCAUCCUCAAGAUCAUCAGCUUUGUCGAUCCCGAAUCGCUUGGCGAGGCGCUCGACAACGUGCCCCUGGCCAGCUUCCUGGCCGCCAUCCUCUCCUCGCGCGACCAUCCAACGUUGGUCAACGGCGCACUCCAGAUCGUUGAGCUGCUCACCGAGAAGCUGCCCACGCUGUACACGGCUUUGCUUCGACGCGAAGGUGUGAUGUGGGAGAUCGACGACAUUGCGUCGCAGACGCCCUCUCCUCGCCCGACGAGCGCCGACAAGUCGACGGCCGCUGCCACAGACGCUGAGCGAAGCAACGCCGCCCAGCCCCUGACCUUGCCACGCGCUGGCCACGGCUCUUCUGCCGUGGAUUCCGCCUUGGAUGCCGCAGGCCUCGGUCUGUCGUCCAGCUCAGCUCUGGCUCGUCUCAUCAGCGCCACCAACGGCUCAAACCAUCCUAUUCUCUCGCUCGAUUCGCUGGGCAACCAUGUCCCGUCGUCUUCUUCGUCGGCUUCCGCCUUCAACGCUCAAAGCUCAGCCGAGGCGACCGACGCCAGCAUCUGGCGAGCGCGCGUCUUACGCGACAAGUUCUCGGCAGAGGCCAGCUCCUCGGAGGGAGCGCAGAGCGCAGCUCAGGCGCUCGACCACAUCAAGGACCUCGUCAAGCGUCUCUACGCGGCUGCAGCCGAGGGCCACGAGUCAAACGCGAUUGAAGUGCUUCAGCAGAUCGCUUCGCUCUUCUCUCGCAGCGAGGACCCCAUGUCGAGCUUCGAGCUUCUUCGAUCCGGCUUGGUCGAGUCUCUCUACUCAUUUGCUACCUCCAUCGAAGGCGGCGUACCCCUCGAACGCAGGCGUCUGCUGCUCAUCGAAACACUGAUGGACUCGGACGCCACGACGGGCCAGAGCGGCGCUUCGGUCCUGGUGAGAAGGCUGCAAGAAGCGCUCAGCCGCUUGGAGAAUGUCGAGAUCACCACGGCGCUCAGUGCUGGCAGCGACGAUACGCGAAAGAGUCCUAGUGCGAUGCUCGGACGACAGCUGCGAUUGCGCUUGCAGGCAGAAGACUCGACCGGCAUCCCUCGCAGCUGCAACAACAUCAUCGUCACCAUCCAUGCCGUGGCCACGUUCCAGUCCUUGAGCGACUAUCUGCGACCCAAAAUCGCCGUGUCGUCCGGCGCUUCUGGAUCGGGGUCCGGCUCGGGCUCUGGCUCGGUUUCGGGCGCUGCUGGUGCAUCGGCGUCGUCGCGACUUUCCUCCGUUCUGGCUGCCUUUGCGGCUGCCACCGGAUCUGGCGGCUUCCCCGAGCUCCAAGGCAGCAGCAGUGGCGGCAAGAACGCGCAAGCCCUCACCUCCACCAGCGACAAAACAAGUGAUGGGGCCAGCAAGAAGGAAGAUGCGAGUGACGCAAGCAAACUGAACGAUGUAUCUACCAGGUCGGGCAAGGACAAGGAGGAGGGCGGCAGCGGCAAGACCGAAGACAAACAAGGUGAAACUCCCGACUCUGCUGCAACCGGCGAAGAUAGAGGCUCGGAAGCUCGCGAGGAGGCCCGCGCACUCGCUCGACAGCUCUGGGGAGGUGAAACGCGACCCUCUGACGAAGCCGAUUCCGAAGAACAAGCCAAAGAUUCUGCCGACGCCAACAAUGCGGACGACGUUCAACGAUCCGACGAGGCUCUCGCGCGUUCUCUCAUGGAAGGCCUGCUCCAUGGCGCCGAGUUUGAAGACGACGAGGGUUUCAGCGACGAGGAAGGCUUUGACGAGGAAAUUCUUCAGAGCGAGAUUCCCGCCGACGGCGCUGGUGGCCCGGCCGAUGGUCUCGCACCCGGUAACCGAUCGGACGCAGCAGACAAGACCAUCAACCUCGACGUUGAAAAGGAGGGUGGAAAGAUCGUGGCCAAGACGCCGGAAGGCACUCGCAUCGCGACGCCCAGCAACAGCGCUGGCACCCCGAAGCCCUCGGAUGGCGCCGCUGCUGACACCGCCGCCUCGGGGUCUUCGUCUUCGACGACGGCAAGUCCGGCCAAACCAUCGUCGUACGCAUCGGCGUUGCAGAAGCCCUCGGACUGGCACCUCGAGUUCUCGAUCGGUUCGGAAAAGCUUGCGCUGGACACGACCAUCUACGGCGCAGUUCACCGAUUCGAGAGCGCACAGGCGCGAGAACAGAGUCAAAGCUCAUCUUCCAAUGCAGUCUCGUCCCUGCACGGCGGAAGCAGGCACAUCUGGAGCAACGUCUACACGGUUCGAUACAAGAAGGUCUCUGGCGCCGACCGCGACCCUGCUGCCGAGUCGACCCCCGAGCCCCAGUCUGCCGAGAGCGCGUUGGUGGAGCUGCCGGCGUCGAUCAAGGAGGAUGCGCCGUACGCCAAGCUGCUACAGCUGCUUGCCGUGCUGCACUCGCUCAACAUGGAGUGGCGAGAGGUCGCUCGCGCCGACGCGGCCGGUGGCGAUGGGGAUGCCGAGAGCAAGGUCCCGCAUGCAUUGACGGCGCCCUCGGCGCUGUCGGAAUCGGCUUUCGUCAACAACAAGCUCACCGCCAAGCUCAACCGCCAGCUUGAGGAGCCCAUGAUCGUCGCCUCGGCCUGCUUGCCGGCGUGGUCGACGGACCUGCCCAAGCAUUUCCCCUUCUUGUUCCCCUUCGAAGCACGCUUCGCGUUCCUGCAGUCCACAUCAUUCGGAUACGCACGUCUGCUCACGCGGUGGCAGGCGCUGCACAGUCGAAACCAGGAGCCAGGUAGCAGCAGCUCGUCGCGACUGGACGACUCGUUCGGCUUCCUCGGUCGGCUGCAGCGGCAAAAGGUGCGCAUCUCGCGCGGCAACCUGCUCGCCUCUGCGUUCAAGGUGUUUGAGCUGUACGGCUCCAACUCGUCGGUGCUCGAGGUCGAAUACUUUGAAGAGGUGGGCACGGGACUGGGCCCUACGCUCGAGUUCUAUUCGCUUGUGUCUAAGGAGUUUGCGCGCCGCGACCUCAAAUUGUGGCGCGACGGCCGUGCUGGAGGAUCUGACGAGGAUGGCAGUGCGUACGUGUACAGCCCACUGGGUCUGUUCCCGGCGCCUUUGCUCAUCGACAGCGCCAAAGAGGAUCAAAGCAAGGACUCCUCGCCCUCUGGAGCCAGUGACGCUGCGGACGGAUCGGUGCAGAAGCGGUUGCAGGCGUUCCGUAUCCUGGGUCAAUUCGUCGCCAAGGCGCUGUUGGACUCGCGCAUCAUUGACUGCAACUUUUCGCCAGUGUUCAUGCGAGCGGUGCUGAACCAGCACGUAGCGCCUACGCUGGCGACGCUGUCGUGCGUGGAUGCGACGCUGGCUCGGUCGCUGUCGGCGAUGCGCAAGAUGCCAGCCGACGAGAUCGAGUCGCUCGGGCUCGACUUCACCUUGCCUGGCCACGAGACGAUUGAAUUGCACGCCGGCGGCCGAGACGAAAGCGUUACUGGAGUCAACGUGGAGCGCUACAUUUCCGAGGUGCUGGACUGGACGCUGCGUAAGGGCAUCCGUGCAGCUGUGCGGGCGUUCCGUCGAGGCUUCAACCUAAUCUUCCCCAUCUCGGCCAUGUCGAGCUUCACGGCGGACGAGCUGGUGAUGCUGUUCGGCAACACGGAGGAGGAUUGGACCGAGACGACGCUGGUGGCGAGCGUCAAACCGGACCACGGACUCAACGCCGACUCACCGACGUUCCGCGACAUCGUAGCCAUCAUGGCAGCGUUCGACGUGAACGAGCGACGCGAGUUCCUGCAAUGGCUCACUGGAUCGCCCAAGCUGCCGAUCGGCGGUUUUUCAGGCCUGCAUCCGCAGCUGACGAUUGUCAAGCGUCCGCACGAGGCUCCGCUGACGCCAGACGACUACCUGCCGAGCGUGAUGACGUGCGUCAACUAUCUCAAGAUGCCCAACUACUCGACGCGUGACAAGAUGCGCGAGCGUCUGCACACAGCCAUGAAGGAAGGCGCGACGAGCUUCCACCUCUCGUAG